AUGGCGCCAUCUGUGGAUACAGAACCCCAACUGCCAACUACCACAAAGGAUGGUCUCAAAGGAGACAAUCUACCGGAAAAUGCACACAUCGAAGUGGCUUCUACCAGUUUAGUCACGGAAACCGGUAUCGAUGACCUCCCAGUUACCAUGUUUGUAUGGCUUGUCGCCUUUACUGCUUCGAUUGCUGGAAUGUUGUUCGGUUACGAUACUGGCAUCAUCAGUGCUGUUCUCGUCUACAUUCAUGAUGGGCUAGACAGCCGCACGCUCACCAGCAACGAGAAAGAACUAAUCACGUCGCUCUGCUCGGGAGGCGCAUUCUUUGGAGCCAUUGUGGCCGGGUUGACAGCAGACAAGUUAGGGCGGAAAGCAGCUAUUUAUUUUGGUUGCGCAUUGUUCACGAUCGGAGCUAUUCUUCAAGGAGCCGCAUACACAAUUAUUCAAAUGGCUGUGGGUCGGGUUGUGGUUGGCUUCGGUGUGGGUUCAGCUGCCAUGGUGGUGCCUUUGUAUAUUGCCGAAGUAGCACCUGCGAAGGCCCGUGGACGACUUAUUGGCUUGAAUAACAUGUCAAUCACAGGUGGCCAGGUAAUCUCCUAUGCUCUUGGAGCUGCCUUUGCCAAUGUCAAUCAUGGCUGGCGGUACAUGGUGGGGCUUGGGGCAUUACCGGCCCUAAUCCUGGCAGCUCUGAUGCCUUUCUGCCCUGAGUCACCACGCCACCUGGUAUACAACCAUCGCCAAGAGGAAGCUCGCACCGUGCUUCGUAGAAUCUACGGGCAUCCAUCUGAUAUUCAGCUGGCUUCGGUUUUAGCCUCGAUCUCCGCCGCCUGUGAUGAAGCCCGAGAGGUGAACGAGGGCGCAACGCGGUGGACCAAGAUUAAGCAGCUUCAUACCGUACCCAGCAAUCUCCGGGCAUUGAUUAGUGCCUGUGGUUUGAUGGUCAUCUCGCAACUAUCGGGGUUCAAUACGUUGAUGUACUACUCAUCGACCUUAUUUGCCUUGGUAGGCUUCGAUAAUCCCACCGCGGUAGGGAUCGUCGUUGCUGGAACCAACUUCCUCAUGACCUGGGUCAAUAUGAUGGUCAUCGACAAAAUGGGCCGUCGCCGACUACUCUUAUCCACCGCCUGGGGUAUGUCCGUCGGUCUCAUUGCCAUAGCGGUAGCAUUCUCCUUUAUUCCGGUCGAUCUAGAUACUCUUGACUUGAAGACCAGCAGUGUAUCACCUCCGGCAAUUGUCGUCCUGGUCUUCAUCAUCUGGUUUGUGAUCUUCUAUGGUGUCUCGGUCGGCAACACGGCAUGGAUGAGCACGGAUUUCUUCCCCCUGGAAGUCCGCGCGAUGGGCACCAUGUGGCUCACUUGCUCUAGCUGGGGAAGCAAUGUCAUCGUAUCCAGCACGUUUUUGUCUAUGAUGAAGAGCAUGACCCCGUCUGGAGCAUUUGGGUUUUACGCAGGCAUCUGCGGGCUUGGAUAUAUUUGGAUCUAUUUCUUCUAUCCGGAAGUGUCUGGUUUGUCGCUGGAAGAGAUUAAGGAGGUGUUCAAGCAUGGGUUCGGGGUGAGGUAUGCUCGGAACCUGCGCAAAGAGCGCAAGGAUAUUAUCCAGGAGAGAUUGAGGAUACAAGGCAAGACGGUUGUGCUAGGGCACUGA